GGUAAAUUGCAUCGCGUCCAAAAAGCCUCAACGCGCUUUCGCUUUAUCUUCGAACAAGCAAACCAGAAGACAGAGAAGAGGAAAAGAAAGUCGAAUCACGGCAUUGGCAGUCAAGAUGGGCAUAAAGAACUUGUACCAGAUAAUAUCGGAAAACGCCCCCGAUGCCGUCAAGUCGGGCGAGAUCAAGAACCAGUUCGGGCGCAAAGUGGCCAUCGUGAGUGCAUCUACUUACACUUACAGAGAGUUAUACUGACAGCAAUAGGAUGCGUAGGUGUUGAUAUCUAGUAUAAGCGAAGACUUGCUUACGUCUACAGAUCCAUGAGCAUAUACAGCUUCCUGAUCGCAGUGCGGUCAGACGGGCAGCAGCUCACCAACGAGUCCGGCGAAACCACCUCGCAUCUGAUGGGCAUGUUCUACCGCACUCUGCGCAUGGUCGACAACGGGAUCAAACCACUGUACGUAUUCGACGGGGCCCCUCCAAAGCUCAAGUCCGGCGAGCUCGCGAAACGAACCAUGCGCAAGGCCGAGGCCCAGGAGGCUGCCGAAGAGGCCAAGGAGACCGGCACCACGGAGGAUGUAGAGAAGUUCUCGCGGCGGACGGUGCGGGUAACAAAGGAGCAUAAUGCGGAGUGUAAGCGGUUGCUAGAGCUGAUGGGGAUACCGUACCUGGAUGCGCCGACGGAGGCAGAGGCGCAGUGUGCGGUGCUGGCGAGGGCCGGCAAAGUGUUUGGCGCUGCGUCGGAGGAUAUGGAUACGCUGUGCUUUGCGGCGCCGGUGUUACUGCGCCAUUUGACCUUUAGCGAGCAGCGCAAGGAACCUAUUCUGGAGAUCCAUCUGGAUAAAGUGCUCGAGGGGCUAGGCAUGGACAUGACGCAGUUCGUCGAUUUGUGUAUUCUGCUUGGAUGCGACUAUCUCGACCCGAUCCCCAAGGUCGGUCCCAACACCGCGCUGAAGAUGAUACGUGACCACGGCACGCUCGAAAAAGUCGUCGAGGCCAUCGAGUCCGACCCGAAGAAGAAAUACGUCAUCCCAGACGACUGGCCGUACCUCCAGGCCCGCGAGCUCUUCUUCAACCCGGACGUGAGACCCGCCGACGCGCCGGAGUGUGACUUCAAGUGGUCUGCUCCCGACGUCGAAGGGCUGGUCAGGUUCCUGGUCGAGGAGAAGGGCUUUAGCGAGGACCGGGUGAGGAACGGGGCUGCUCGGCUGACGAAGAACCUGAAGAGUGCCCAGCAGUCGCGGCUGGAGGGAUUCUUCAAGCCCGUGGCUAAGACGGAGGAGCAGAAGGCGAGUGCAAAGCGAAAGGCAGAGGAGAAGGCGGAGGCGGCGAAGAAGAAGAAAAAGGAGGACGCGAAGGCCAAGAGGGCGAUGGCUGCGAAGCCUCGAGGCGCUGGAUAGUCUUCUUCUCUUCUCGUCUCCUUUUGAUCUCGUCUCGUCUCCUUUUUUUGAUAUGAUCUGGUGUUGUUGUUGAUGCAUCUGCGGCGUUGGCGUUUCUACUAGGCUACCUGCUAUCUAUGUACUCCUCCCACUACGACUUCUGAUUUCUCUUCCCCCCAUGCAUAUAAUGGGAUGAAAGUAGUACCAUCCUGAAGAGCAUCCCUUGCUCCAUCUAUCCAUCUAACUUUUAUCUCUUCAUCUGUCUUUUGUGCACCAAGAUCAGCUCUUCUUCCAGCUCGUCUUCUUGUCUCGAAGUACCUUUUUUGUUUUGUUUUGUUUUUUGGCAAAAGUCGAUGGCCAAGCCUGCUGACUAAGACGAGGAUCACCAAAACAAAGA